CCGGAAGUGAAUAAACCUCCCUGACACGUAGGUAGCUAAGCAGAGCUGGCUGUGUUGUGCAGUGCUGUGUGGAACAACAGCUAAAGGCCACUCAUCAUGUCCGGGUUCGAGAACUUUAACACAGACUUCUACCAGUCUCCUUACAGUGUAGAAGACCAGAGCCAAGGAGGUUACAGCUACAGCAACGCUGAAGAUCCAUACAACAAGCAGUACGAUCAGUAUUCCCAGCCCAUGGGCUACGGGGCGCCGCCCAUGAUGCAGCCUCAGCAGCCCUACAUGGGACAGAUCUAUCAGCCCACGCCCAGCUUUACCCCGGCCUCCUCACAGUCCCUGUACAGCAGCAGCUUCGAGGACGAGCCACCUCUACUGGAGGAGUUAGGAAUCAACUUCGACCACAUCUGGCAGAAGACGCUGACGGUGCUGCACCCCAUGAAGGCAGCAGAUGGCAGCAUAAUGAACGAAACGGAUCUGGCCGGUCCCAUGGUGUUCUGCCUGGCCUUCGGGGCGACGCUGCUGCUCACGGGUAAGAUCCAGUUCGGUUACGUGUACGGGAUCAGUGCCAUCGGCUGCCUGGGCAUGUACUGCCUCCUGAACCUCAUGAGCAUGACGGGCGUCUCGUUCGGCUGCGUAGCCAGCGUCCUGGGGUACUGUCUGCUACCCAUGAUCCUCCUCUCCAGCUUCGGCGUGCUCUUCUCCUUACAAGGUUUGCUGGGAAUCGUUCUGACGGCCGCCAUCAUCGGCUGGUGCAGCUUGUCUGCCUCGAAGAUCUUCAUCUCUGCCCUGGCGAUGGACGGCCAGCAGCUCCUGGUGGCGUACCCCUGCGCCCUGCUCUACGGGGUUUUCGCCCUCAUCUCUGUAUUCUGAACUUUCUCUCCAGGACAAUCAACACACCGACACACACUUCUCCCCCGUACUCAACGCCGUGCGCAGAGCAGGCCGAGUCCGGCUAAGCCAAGAACCUCCUCGCUGUCUAGCACAUUCCCUCUACAACAUCUGCCAGAUGUGGCCAGCAGAUGUUCGUUCUUUCUUUCUUUCUUUCUUUCUUUUCAACCCUGUUUACACCAAAUACAGCAAUAUCUUUAAUUUUAUCAUUUCAGACCGAUUUAUGUUUUGUUUUUUUGUUUUGUUUUUGUUUUGUUUUUGUUUUAACAGACUAAGUAUUUAAUAAUACUAAGUAAACGGACCAGAGGCAUGUAGAGUAAAUAAUUCUGGUGUAUAAAUAAAUCGCAUUUCUUCAACUUCACAAGCUAUUGUGUCACUAUAGAGCACACAACUAAAGGCUUUGUUAUGUCGUUCUCAGCAUGUGGUCAGUACAGGAAAUGUGCUAUGAGUGUGUGUGUGUGCGUGUGUGAGUGUGGUAUUUUAAAGACACACCCAUACAGACUGAAAAAUUCCUUUCCUCCUGCAGCGAUCACUGAAAUGGACCGAGCCUGGAACCUGAUCAUUUAAACUGCUCUCUGGUUCUGACCCGUAGCUCUCGCUCUUAUUUUGGCAUCAUUGCGAACCUCUAGUAGGUGGCUUUGUUUUUGUUUUUUUUGUUUUUUUUAGUUGUUGUUGUUUUUUGUAACAAAUUUUGCCGAAACGUUGCCAUUUUUUUUAUUAUUAUUAUUUCUUUUGCUUUUUGUAAGGCAGGUUAUAACUUUGCACGAGCGUACACUCUGCUUCAGUACACACUUCUGCUUUUCUCUUUGUUUGACUUUGUACAGUAAAUGUCAGGGAGCCGAGCUCACAGCGCCAAGGUGCCCGAGAUAUUUAUACACCGUGGUGUUUGUUCUUUUGUACGUCUAGGGGAGUCCAAUGGUUUUUAUCUCUUCUGUGAAAAGUCGGUUAGACGAUGGUUGAGUGUUACACUUGUGCUGUUUCACACGCCAUGUUUCCAAAAUAAAUAAAUGGGUUGAAGAUGU